CUUUUCCCUUCACCCGGAUUCUCCAGUAAUAAGGGGACCCUGGGAGCACCAUCAGUGCUCCUUGGCAGCCGAGGAAUUUGGUGUACUACAGUGGCUGUCUCGCGAGAUGACAUCAAAUCUUGCGAGACUGUGUUCAGCCCAGACUGAGCCGAAGCUGCCAUCGGCAGCUCUUCAGCGUUUCCCCGAGCUGCGGCUGCGGACCACAGACUGAGCCGAAGCUGCCGUGACACUGCCAUCGGAAGCUCUUCCUCAGCGUUUCCCCGGGCUGCGGUGGUGAAGUAACGCCGGCCCGCCUCAUGUGAGAAGAGCAGCGAGAGCUGACAGGCUCUCUCCGGGAAUGGCGAUGAGCCAGGAGGAAGCCGAGGCCCAGAUAUCUGAGCUGGAUCUCCUCUCCAGUAUGUUCCCCACAGAGGAAGAGUUUGCAAUGAGUGAUGAGCUGGCGCUGGUAGAACUGAGGGAUUAUGCAGAACAGCGCACCUCGCUUACACCAACAUUCAACAUCCACUUCACACUGAGCGUGAAGGUAGAUGACCCUGAUGCUGCCAACCUCCAGCAUGUGCUUUCCAUGCAUUGCUCGUACCCCCCACACUACCCAAAUGUUCCUCCAGAAAUCGUAGUCAGAUCACCGUCCCUGGUUCGGUCGCAGCAGGCCCAGCUUAAUUCCGAUCUGAACGCAUUCCUGAGAAGCGGCUGCAACGGCGAUGUCUGCAUUUUAAGUGCCAACGAGUGGGUGAAAGACCACGCCACUCCCUACAUAAACACAGCGUCUUCUACAGAUAACCAGCCAGGAACAGUGACCUCAGAAGAAGCCGUGUUCACAAGACUGUGGAUUUACAGCCACCAUAUAUACAAUAAGCAUAAAAGGAAACAUAUCUUAGACUGGUCGAAGGAGCUGGGUCUCUCUGGGUUCAGCAUGCCCGGGAAGCCUGGCAUCGUAUGUGUGGAAGGAGCACAAGAGGCAUGUGAGGAGUUUUGGUCCAGAUUAAGGAAACUGACGUGGAGGCGCAUUUUAAUUAAACACAAAGAAGAUAUCCAGCUGUCCUGUCCUGCAUCAGACACACACACAUCCAUCCAGAAGCUGAGGAAGUUCCCUGCGCUAGAGGAGAUGGCGUUUGAUGUACACGGCGCCCGGGGAAAUCACAUGGAUCUAGGUCAGCUCUAUCAGUUCCUCCAGGAAAAGGGAUGUGCUGAGGUUUUCCCCAUGUACUUUGGGAUUGAAGGACGUUAAGGAGAACGGACGUAACCUAUGGAGAGUUCUCUGGAUGUGGAGAACAUUUCCAUUCCUUACUCACUUUGUGGACACUUGUAUCUUCUUGCAGUAAUAAUAAACUCUUUUAAAAAUUUUAAA